UGAUUUCCUGAUUCAACUUAAACAUCUGACAGAGGCAAACUCACAUCAGUCUCGUCUGUUUUUCGUGAAAUUGACUCCACAGAAAAAUCUGAACAUGCCGAUGAUGUGUGGAGGGCUAGGAGAGCCACAGCCAGCCGAUGAAAAGAUCCAGAAGCUUGCUGACAGCCUAAAGGGAGCUGCGGAGGAAAAAGCUGGGAAGACAUUUGAUGUUUUCGUAGCGAAGACCUACGCGACACAGGUCGUGUCUGGGACCAACUACUUCAUCAAGGUCCACGUGGGAGGAGAGGAUCAUAUCCAUCUUCGUGUUUAUGAAAAACUCCAAUGUAAUGGAGGAGAAAUUUCACUGCAUGGAAUUCAGCAAUCCAAGAGCCAUGCUGAUCCUGUAGAGUACUUUUAAAGAGAAAAGCAGCUGCACCUAUGAACAGUAGUCUUGUUCUAGUCAGUCAUGACAAAUAAUCAUGCUCCAUAUGUGAAACAUUGCUCCAUGCUAUUUAGAUCAGGGUUCCCCAAUUAGUUUCUCCUGGUGACCAAAAUUUUUUAGAUAUAUCUAUACAUAUACAUAUACUGUAUAUAUAUAAAUAUACACACACAGUGUGGCUUAAUUAGCUACACUUUAGACAGGAUUUAUUUGUAAGUAAUCCAAACAGGUCUGUCAUAAAUAUGCUGUCCUUGUAUCAGGUGGGAUUUUUUACACAUUUUUAAUGUUUUUAAGACCCACUGAUGCUACAAGACUGGAAUAUUCAUUAUUCACAUUUAUUCAGCAUGACUGUUUAUGGCUUUAAAAUGGCAACCUGUUGUCCACAAUAUCUGAUCAGACCCUGAGAUUAUUUCAGCCAACCUAGGAUCAGUGCACAGUCCAGAAAGAGUGUAAGUAACCAAAUUUAGUGUAAAUGUUGAGCCUUAAGCGUUUUUACAGGUAUAGCCUUUUGUAAUGGGUUAUUUUAUAAGUUUUGUAUUGUUUUAAGCUGAGGUAACUUUACUUCCUGCUUAACAGUAGCAGACUUUUACUUUAAAAUCGCCAGAAAGGAAUGUACCAUAUCUUACUCAUUUAUUGCAGAGUAUUAUAACCUUUCUUUGCUAUAAUUAUAGAAAGAUCACGAUAUAUGAGUGAAAAUUUGUAUUUUAAACACUUAAGAGAGUAAAAAUUUAAAUGUCAUAUAUUUUCUAAAAUUUCCAUUUUUUUCCCCCCAAAUGUCUCGCGGGCCAGAUGACACCUGCUGGCGGGCCGGAAGUGGCCCACAGGCCGCCAUUUGGGGAUCGCUGGUUUAGAUACUGUACAUCAUUUUCAAAGAUGUUAAAAUGGAACUGUUUUGUACGAAAUGAAUGAAUAAAUGAUUCGCAGUUUU